AAACGCACGGUUGUUGUUUGAAAUGUCAAAGACGUUCCGGGAAAUGUAAACAAAAGCGAGUGCAGUCUUCUCUUGUUGGUUAGCUUAUUUUCUUACUUUAUUUUAGUGUUUAAAUGCUAAAAAAAUGUCCAUUUUAACUGAUUCAUGCUCCCCGGAAACAGUCGUGAAGGCGCCGUGCAUCAUAUGUGAAGAACGAAUCGGUGCGAUGGGAUCGAUCCUUUGCCCGGAAACGGACACCACAAUGCUGGACAAAAUCUACGCAAGUACAAAUAUUCGCGUCCACCCACGCAAAGGAAUCAUUACGCCUGUGUGCGAAUGUUGCCGUACUCGGAUCGACGAUUAUGAUGCAUCUUUUAAGCCCUACCUGACGGAAUAUGUUGCUGUGCCGGGUGAGUGUUUCCCCGAAGAUGCGUUCAGCGUAUCCGUUGAUCCUUUGGCAGAUGCAUCGUUUAAAGAACAGAGUAGUAGUAAUGAUGAUGUAUUAGAUAAGGGAAAAGACGAGGUGAACGGGUUGGUUUCGCAAAAGCAAGAUCUGUGCAAUGAUGGUACAUCUGCCCGCGGUAAUGCAGUAAAGCAGGGACAGAAGCGUAACGCUGCAAUGCACUGGCAAAACAUGUCAAGUUUUAGAAAACCAACCGAAUGCUCCGUUUGUGGCAAGCAGGUAAAAUCGAUGUCGGAUCAUAUGAAAGUUCACAGCACCGACAAAAAGUACAAAUGCACCUUCUGUGAUAAAUCUUUCGCCCAAAGCAACAAUCUCGCGUACCACUUGCAGAAACAUACGGGCGAAAAACCGUACAAGUGUGAUAAAUGUGAUAAACAGUUCAUCAAUAAGCCGCACCUACUGUCUCAUUUGAAGCUACAUUACGACCAGAAGGUAUUCCAGUGCGAAGUAUGUUCGAAGCUGUUCAAUCAUGUAGGAAACUUCAACAAACACCGGCGAGUGCACUGCGGUGAAAAACCGUACGCUUGCGAGUACUGUGAGAUGCGCUUCAGCAACAGUUCCAACAAGAAAGCGCACGAAAAGCGGCACCGCGACGAAGGAACUAUUGUCUGUGAGGUGUGCUCGAAACGCUUCCACGAUAUGCACCAUCUGGAACGCCACAGAACGGUGCAUCGGAAGAGCCGGAAAGGAGAACACUGAGGUUUAAUUUGUAUUCUGUCGAUAAUGAAUCUCUACUGCAAAGGCCAUUGGAUGAAUGGUAUUUUCUAUGGUUAAUAUUUUACGUUGAUUGUUAGACAGAUCGAUAAUGGUGAUUAUUUAAAUGAAGAAUCAGAGUGCAAAUGUUUAUAGCCUAAGUAUUAUUUAAAUUGUUAGUAAGGCACAGCAUCUUAGCAAUAUUAAUUUAGGGGAAAUAAGCAAUGAAAGUCUAUCUUAUGAAUGAAUCUACUA